AUGUUGGAGUUGGGAGACGGUGUUUUACAGGUAUUUUUUUAAACUUUUAUGCCUUUUCUCAUGAAUUUCUUUGCAGAGAUCACAUAGAAAAAAUUUUCCGCAUCAUCAUCUUCAAAUUGAGAAAUUCGUAGAGCGACACGUAUUCCAUUUUCGGUGAGUUUUGGGAUUUUUUUUUGAGGAAGUAAGGAUUUUUUUAGGACGAUAUGCAGAACUGGCUACUUGCCAGACGAUAUUUUAGAAAUCAGCGAACUUUUCGACAUGCUCAGAGUUGUCAAUGAGUUUUCAGCCCAAGAAGAAUCGCUUAUCAGGAAGGUUCUGGAAUUUAGGAUUAUUCUGCGCUAACUUGUCUUUUUUACCUGAUGAAAUGACCGUAUAUCAAAUUAUAUAGUGUUUCUAAAAAGUUGACAGGUGUUUGUCAGGGGGCGUGGCUUUAUGCAAUGGUGGCGCGGUUAAUUGCAAAAGAGGCGCGGUUAUCGCAGUAGGGCGCUGCCUAAUGCAAGUCAGCUUGAUCCUUUUUUCGGCCAAGACUACCGUAUACCCAAUUAGAUCAAGUUUUCGCUUCGAGACCUUUCUUGCAGUUUUGUAGAGCCGUGGUUACGGUAGCUUUUUUUUCUCGUCUAAUUUUAUUGUAACUUGACCGUAACGCACACUUGCAGUUGAUCGAUGGACCGGAAGAUUGUCUACAAUUUUUUUCUUAUCUCCCGGAAAUCAAAUCUUUGUUCAACAUCCAAAUCCAAGGCGACCGUCGGUUUUUCAAAAAGGUUUCGAAAUUGAAAAAAUUGGGAAAAUUUUCUUUUUUUCAGGUGCCCCAAUACGGAGCUUCACUGAAUACGACGACAAAUACGAGUUUUCAUAGAUCUCCCACUCCCCCAAAUAAUAUUGUGAUUAAGUUUCAUUUUACUGGGAAAAUUUUCAGUGGUCACUUAAGGAAUUUGACGUUUCAGUUAUCAUAUUAUGUAGUAGUCGAAUUGAUGUCUUUUUAUUAUGUAGUAGUCGAAUUGAUGUCUUUCAAGUGGCUAAAAUUAAGUGACCUCUUAAGGGUUUUUUUAAGCGUUUUUAAUGGCCCCUAAAUAAGUCGGAUUAGUGGCCACUUUAGAAGUCGAAGUAGGAAAAAAAUUAAACAAAAAUUUUUUUUCAUGAUUUUUCUCAUAAAGUAGUAGUUUUUUUCUCGACUCAUUUUUUUAUUAGACUGCUAUUUUUCAACUUUUUUUGAGCCAAAUUUUUUUGUUAAAAAAAUAAAUUUAUCAUCUUUUUUUCAGCCCCUCCAAAAUUUGGACCAACGAUCGAGCAGCAUUUCUAAAGCCUCCAAUGCUUCCUUUGCACUGCCCGAACAAAAUGUAUAAUUUUUUUUCUUGGAAUUAUUAAUUUCAAAAGUUCAGAUGAACAGUACAAGAUCGAGCUCGGGACAAAAUUAUCAAUUUUUCGCUUCCGGAAAAAUACUGAAUCGUCUUAUGAGAAUGUGA